GAAAUCGGAACAGCCGGUGCUCUGACGCUCAUUGUCUUUCGUUAAGCUGGUUAAGUGGCAUUUUUAUCGCUUCAAUCACCCCAAAGUGACCAUCUAAUUGAUCAUCAAGCUUGUACACAUCGUUUUCCAGGUGAUUAAUGGCCACCUUUCCGGAAGCACAACAAAUGAUCAUCCAGUCGCUCCAGAACUGACCAGGAAACCUUAAAAGAAAUACCAAGAUGAUACCGAGAAGAAAGAAAGGAUGUGCACCACUUUUCAAUAAACCCAGAGUUGUUACUUUGCUCUCUGAAGAUGAAUCAGAUGGAGAAUCUGAGGAACUUCCAAAAUCGAGGCGAAAUAAGAAAAACAAGGCAGUUCCAGACCAAAGUCAAAUAAUUGAUCUAUGUGAAGGAGAACUGCCUUCAACAAACAACAAUGCUAAUGACGAAGGAGCCAAAAAUAAUGCCAGGAAUGAAGAAUCUCUAAGUUCGAGGGAUACUGAAGAAUUUGCAGUUACUUCAUCUUUUGCAGACUUUGUGGAGCAAACUAACAUCCGGGAAAUUGUUGACGAGUACCUUCAGAAGCAUUUCAGUGAUACAGAAAUCAGCACACUCAAGGAUCCAUUCCUGAAAUAUUUCUAUAAGAUCUACACUGAAAAUCCCACAAGUCGACGAUGCACGGAAGUUAAUCUUCAUCAGCUCACCUUCAAACCACCUCAAUUUUCAUCUGUGGAGAAAAAACUGCUGGAUAAGCAUAAAAUAGAGGACUGCACUGUGGCAAUGGGAUCAGCGAAUGUUCUCUUCUCAAUUGAAAAGAGAAUCUAUCGUCGGUUCAGGAAGAAAAAUCCCACAACUAGGACUCACAUAGAUUUCUUCCAACCAAAAACCUUUCACACCAUGACUAUGGAGUAUCUACAACACAUUCACUCCAAUGUUGAACGCAUUUUGAGGCACCCAGAGAUUGAUCGUGGAAAGACUAUUGAAGAUCUCGUGACGCUGCUUUUCGAUCGUCUUGAUGCGCUCACACCCUGCGAAGAGCUUCCAUUGACUCCUAUAUCUAUCGAAGACCUUGAGAGCACACUUGAGGAAGCAAACGUAACUGAAGAAAUUCAUCUAGAGGAUGUCUCCCUGGCAGAAGAAUUGAGUCCCCAGAAAACGCCUGAAGUGAUUCCCAGUACUCCCAUUUCCAUUGAAAUUCUCGAUUUUGAAUUCAAGGAUCCCUACCAUUGCACCGCAAAAGGAGUUGAGGAGCAACUCUUUCAUGAUGGAAGACUAGAAAUUCCCAUUGAGAUCUUCACACGAAAUGGACCAAUGGACAUCACACUCAGACAUGAUGACAUUGGAAGAUUUCUGGAUGUAAAACCGAGAGUGUGGAAAGGUAUAAAAACCAUCCUCGCUGGAAUAGAAAAUGAAGAGAGCGCGACUCAGCAGCGAAAGGUCCUACUGGCAAAAUUUUCAAAUGUUUUCUGUGAAAUUCUGAGUCGUGCAAAGGGUAGAAAUCCGGGAUUUACUCGUUACUAUAUCCAGCAUUUGGAGGGAAAUGUAACCCAAAAUUGCAUUGAGGUGAUUCAUAAAAUUUAAUAAAAAAGUUUCUUUGAGCAAAAAA